CCCUCUUCGGAUGCUGCAGUAGCCUACCCAUCUCUUUAAUUUACCAACUUCUCCAAACAGGAUACAAACCUUGCGCGUGCAAGAAAUGUAGUUUAUUUAUUUAUUUAUUUUGUCAGCGUAUGCGCACAUUUUACCUGCUGACGUCAAAGACAUUCGAAUAUAUUUUAGUACGCAAGGUUACAGAGGAUUUCAUUGGUUAUUUUGAUUGAGAGGUUAAAUAGAGCCAGCCUCUUGCACGCCUAGUUUUCUCAGCCUCCCACACAAACUCAGCUGCACUAACUAGAAAGUCCAGUUUCUCAAGCAAGUCCUAGAAACACCAGAGAGUCCUGGAGGCACCAUGGACCUCGACAGUAAACGGCUGGUGGUCGUGGUACCAAAUGAAGGGCUGGUGCCCUCUCGUCGAGCGGUCAGCAGCGAGGAUGAGGCGUGGAGGAGCUACCUGGAGAACCCACUGACCGCUGCCACUAAGGCCAUGAUGAGCAUUAAUGGAGAUGAAGACAGUGCAGCAGCACUGGGACUGCUCUACGACUACUACAAGGUUCCCAGAGAGAGGAGACGGGCCUCCAGCGGCGUUAAACCCACAGACCCCUCUGCUAUGGGGCCUGAAACCUGCGGGAGCUUGGAGAUACUAGAUCACCAUCUUCACGCUCUCAGAUCCAUGCCUGUCAACCUUUCCCUAAACAACAACAACACCACUACAGAACAUCAGGGCUCCAAGUAUGGAGCUAUCUGCAUCGCAGGAGGCGGUAAAGGUGGAGGUGGGGCGGCUCCGGCUGUGGUCAAGACAGAGGGCCAGAUGUCCAUGGGAGUGUCCUGCUCUGGGGGAUCCUACCAAGGAGAACCCGGAGAUCAGAUACGGAUGGUUUACCAGCAGAGCCACUGUGUGUCCCACGCUGGGUACUUGAAAGAUCAACAGAGAAGCACCCCAGACAGCACAUAUGAGGACGCUGUCGAAGGAGAGAUGUAUCACAAAAGUCCCUCCUCUGGAGUUGAUGAAUUCCACUGCAGCCUACCAAUGGGCAGCUUCCAGUACAGUCUGGAGGCCAGCAUGUCUCUGCGGCCGCGGCAGGUAGAAGGACCCAUGGCUUACCUGAACCGGGGCCAGUUCUACGCUUUGACACUGUCGAAGGCCGGCUUCAGAUCGUCCGUACAUCAGCCCAGAGGCAAAGUGCGGGUGAGUGGACCGACGCCGUCACACAGGCCUGAUGGGGGCCCAUCCAGUAAUGAGAAAUGCACCAUGGGAGGCUCUGAGCUGCAGCGGGACAGUAUUGUACAGAGUGUUAUCAUGGUCGUCUUUGGGGAAGACAAGUGCAGAGACGAGCAGCUGAAGAAUUGGAAAUACUGGCACUCCCGCCAGCACACUGCCAAACAGAGAGUCCUGGACAUUGCCGACUUCAAGGAGAGCUUCAGCACGAUCGGGAACGUGGAAGAAAUUGCCUACAACGCUGUCUCUUUCACAUGGGAUGUCAGUGAAGAAGCUAAGGUCUUUAUCUCCGUGAACUGUCUGAGCACAGACUUCUCCUCGCAGAAGGGCGUGAAGGGGAUGCCUCUGAUAAUCCAGAUCGACACCUACAGCUACAACAGCUGCAGCAGCCGGCCGAUCCACAGGGCCUUCGCUCAGAUCAAGGUCUUCUGUGAUAAGGGCGCUGAGAGGAAGCUUCGUGAUGAGGAGAAGAAGCAGCUCAGGAAGAGGAUAAAAGGGAAAAAUUGCAGCUUGGGGGAGACGCCUCCCUUUAAGAGGGCUGAUAACACGCUGUUCAAAACCAUGAUAGACCUGGACGCCCAGCCUGUGCUCUUUAUUCCUGACGUCCACUUUGGAAACCUGCAGAGAGCCGGGCAGGUGUUUGCUUUCAACACUGAAGAGGUGGACAGAGAUGGAAGUGUUCUGGUGAAAAGGAUGUCACGUGUUGCUGAGGAAGAUGUCUGUCCACCUCAGCCCAAGAAGUCCAAAGUGGAACUGGAAAGGAAAGUCCUGCUCUAUGUGAGGAAGGAGUGUGAUGAAGUGUUUGAUGCCUUAAUGCUGCACACCCCAACCCUAAAAGCAUUGAUGGAGGCAAUCUCAGAGAAAUAUGCAGUGCCUGUUGACAAGAUGGCCAAAGUUUACCAAAAAAGCAAGAAAGGGGUCCUGGUGAACAUGGACGACAACAUCAUCCAGCACUACUCCAACGAGGACACCUUCAUCCUGGCUAUCGAGAGCUCUGCACAAUCCUUACGUGUCACUCUGUCAGAAAUCUGACAGUUGCUAGCCACAGCACUGUAUCCACCACAGUCACCAUAUUGACACUUUAGCCAUGCCAUGGUUAGCAAUUGUGAACAUUUUGCUGGCGGUAUUAGAUGGUGGCGGCACCAAAAUGUGUUCCUUGAGGCCUAUGUGUGGCCUAAAUACAGUAGGAGUCUCUGUUUGUUGUCCUAUAUGGAUCAUUGGCUAAACUCCAUCCCCCCCAGGCAACAUCCACAGCCACCUCACCUGCUGCAGACCCUGUUUACUACACAUCCUGCUGUGGGAGGAUUUCUUGCAUUAGGAACACAGGCUUCAUUUUGAAAAUGUAUGGAAGUGUCCAUAUUUGUGGAUCAGCGGGGAACAUGUUUGAUAUUUCCCGGCCCACUACCUGUGAAAUUCUUGACUAGCUGAUUAACCAAACUAACUAAAUAAAAUGAAAUAAUAAUGAACUUGUUAAUACUACACCACUACCAGGAAAGCGGUCUUUAUCCAAGUUACCACAAAGCAUCCAGUCAGCUUGCUGUGCUUUCACAGAAAGAACAGCACAGUAUACAGUAUAGUCUUAUGGGAUUGAUAGCAGGGACUGCUGUUAGAGUCUUCCUGGUACCUCUUCUAGUGGUGGAAGCUUUUAGAUUAUUAUGUGUGGAAGGCUCUCGCUUCAAAGCAAGUCACGCAACAUCUUUUGCUGGCACUCAACAGUUCAAGUUAAAAAAAAAA